AUGUCUUUACAUCCCGACACAGCCUCUAGAAAUCAAAGCAUCUGGAAGGGUAUUGAUCGCGAUAUACUCGAGCAUCGUACACAGAAGCUCUGCAACAAUAAGCACGUCGGGGCCCGUCGUCCUUGUGCUAGUACUCUGCCAAGUGGUCGCGACACUCUAUACCCAAUGUCGCUAGAAGUGGAAAGGAGUUUAGCAGACGAUUUUGCUUACAUCGCUGCUUCACAGCCUCGGGUCGGGUCCGUCUCGGCUGUGGCAGUAGAGCAGCAGAAAACCGCUGCGUCACUCAUCAUGACGUUCGCUGCAAAUGAGGGUGUAUCGGAUGAGGUCGCAGAGACUCUCAACAAGAUCAUGGAAACACUUCGGAGACACGCGGGAAAAG